AAUACUUCCCCUUUUUCACAGCAGUGCAUUUGGUGACUCUUGCCUUCUCCAUGCAGCAGGUUGUCAGUGUCUGGGUGCGGGACCCGCGCAUACGAAAGAAUGACUUUUGGCAUGCUUACAUAGACUAUGAAAUUUCUUUACAUACUGACAGCGUGUGUUUCACCAAGAAGAUCUCAAGUGUGAGAAGGAGGUACAGUGAGUUUAUAUGGCUCAGGCAGAAGCUACAAGCAAAUUCAAUGCUGAUGGUACAGCUACCAGAGCUGCCGCCAAAGAAUCCCUUCUUCAGCCUGAACAACGCCCAGCAGAUCACUGAGCGGAUGAAAGGGCUCCAGAAGUUUCUGGAACAGGUCCUCCAGAACCCUCUGCUGUUGUCUGACAGUUGCCUGCAUCUUUUCCUGCAGUCACAGCUCAGCGUGUCCAAGAUACAGGCCUGUGCCGAAGGAAGGACCCAGUACUCUGUGGCCCAGGCGGUCCAGCGCUCUAGCCUGAGGCGAUUCCACUCUGAAGAAGAUCUGCAGAAGGACCUCAGCAUAUCCUGUGACUCUGACUCAGACAGCUCAGAGUGUAGAGAUCCAGAGCCUCGGAGUAAAGAUUUGGCAAUAAACAAAGCAGAGAGUACAGCUUCAUUUGAUCUCGUGGGAACCAGCCAGGAGGAAAACCUCAGCUGCUCAUCUGGUUCUACAUGAAAACAUCAUCAUCAUUUUACUGGCAGAAAUGUUUGGACCUGAGAGGAAGAAAUUUUUCUGUUUCCCCAUCACACAGCACUUUGGUAAUACAGUUGCUCCGAAUUAUUUUACUCAUAAAAGCAGUCAUGGCUUACUAUGUUCUCACUGAGGCAUUUCAGUUUGAACCAUGUACAGUAAAUAGUAACAAAAUAUACCUUUUGUAUACCUACAGCUAUAAAGUUGUAGCAACAGUUUACCUGAAGAUGGCAGUGUUGUUACAUCAAUGUGUUUGUAUAGUCACUUAUUCCAGGAACAUAUGCUGUAACUGUCCAUAUUUACUUCUUAAACCAGUUUAACAGGAGCAUGAGUUAUCACCAUUCACAAGGAGUAUUUUGUCAAAUAUAUGCAGGUAACAAUGCAAUCUUCAGCAGUGACAGUAGUGUUCCUCUCUGUGGCUGAACUCCCCCCUCCUAAUAAAGUGAAAGAUGUGGGCUGCUUGUCAUCUGGUGGCUACUGCAAUGCUUAGCAGUAUGAUGUGUAAUAGGGUCUCUGCAGAGUUUUCAGACAGCCCCCCUGUCAGGUGUGUGGCUGGUAGGAGGUGCUGUGGGAUCCCAAUGGACUCGCUCCUGUCUGAGGGGGCUACCAGGUGGACAGGAUACAUUGCUCCCAGCUGAACAAAAUGCCAGCUGCACUGACAAGUCACCUUUUCUAUCUGUCUCUUUCGCUUUGUGUUUGUAUGAGGCUGUUCACUACAGUAACACAUCUAUAUAUGUGUGUGUGUGUGUGCUGAACACACACGUGCUCCCACUGUGAGGAGCACAAUGCUUAUGCAAAGGUAAUGACCAUUAAACAAAGUGACGGCAGACUGACAUAUCUGCACAGCUAAUUAGAUUAGCUUUGUUUCUCUGCAACGGCUGUGAUGUUCAUUAUGAAUUCAGAACAGACAAUAGGCUUGUGUUGCAGAGAACAGGAGUGAUGUCACCUUAGCUCAGCUCUGAGCUGCAGAGCAGUUUGGACAGUUGUAAAGCCCACAAACUCAAAUUGGCUGGUGGGUGGGACAUUUUCCAAGAAGAUGUGUGGGUAUAUAUGCGUGUAUAUGCACAUCCACAUAUGCUAAUGCAGUAUAUGCAUGUGUCUUCUUUGUCAGUGCAUAACUGUGUGCGGCGGCACUCCCCUGAUGCCUUCAAGCACAUAUACUGAGGCUGUCACUGCUGCAGUAGCUGGAUAUUUAGAAGAGGUUUAUGCCUCUAAAGUAUCCAGAAAACACACAUAGGCUGUUGAUUUAAGGGCAUGUUUGCACACAAGGAAAGCAAAUGCCUGUCUUACCAUUCAGUCAAACAACAUUCUAACAAUAUCUAUCUAUUGAUGUGUUUUUAUGAAUUCAUUUUUAGCUUGUUGUGCAAAUGUUACUUGUCUGCCUGCAUAAAACAUAUCCAGAUGAUCAUUUCA